AUGCAGGCAUCCACAUCGACCCCUUCCGCCCCGCGUCUACCCGCCGCUACCGCUCCCUCGCACAUUCCGCUCCUUACACCCACCCCGCGCCGCUCCUCCACCCAAACAAGUCGCGUGCCCUCGUCCCUCUCGCUCCCCCAACUCGUGCUCGUCCCUCCAUCACGCCUACCUUCCUCCUCCCUCACCGUCUCAACACCGCGUCGGCCUAGCCCGGGUCCUUCGCCCAACGCCAACAACUCAGGAUCUGGCCUAUCCUCCUUCCGCUCGCUGCGCAACCUCCUCCCCUUCGGAUCCUCGUCCUCCUCCAAGUCGCCCUCGCGCUCUCCCACCGCGCCCCGCCGGACGGCCUCUACAUCAUCCGCCCUCGUCGCCCCCUCCUCCAGCUCCCUCGCCUCUCGUAGCCUCGGCUCCAUCCGUCGCUCCCUCACGGGCGACCGCGGCACUCGCACAUCGCCUCGCUCCUCACCCGCCCUCUCAGGCCAGGCACUCCGCUCGGACUCAGACCCCGUGCUCUCUAUAGCACCGGAGCCCUCUCCCUCCGCAUCCUCUGGCAGCCACAGUCCUAGCGCAAGUGCGCCCCUGGAUCAGGUUCAGGAACAGGAAGGCCACGACGAACCCUUCCUUCCUCACCUCCCAUCCACAAGCUCAUACGGCGAGUUUGGCGAACGGACCGUCCGACCACUCGACCCCGACCCCGAUCCGACCCUGCAAAGUCAAGGGGCUACGGACCUCUCGACGAUCCUCGAAGCCGACACCUCCGUUGCCUCUGCGCUCUCGGGCCUCUCCAAACACCUGCCUCCUCUCUCCGACGACGACUCUCCGUCCUCGUCCCCUGCCUCGCCCGCACCCUUCUCCUCGCACGCGCUCCGUGGCACGUCGAGCAACCUCCGCCCGUCACCGUCACCUCUCCUUGACAUCCGCGUCCACCUCCAAGGGGAAGAGAAAGAAGAAAGCGCCGAAACAGCUGUAAGAGCCAGGCUAGAAGCCGAAAUGCCGGGACACGACGAAGAUGGGGAUGAAGCGGACGACUCGGCGCUGGACCUCUCCACGACCCACCUCGACGCUGAAGUCCGCGGCGCGCUCCUCACUACCGCGCCAUGGACGACGUUAACGCCGGAAAUCCGCUCUUCCGCCUCGCCUUCACCAUCGCCCCCUCCUUCUUCCUACCGCUUCCCGCCUCCUUCCCCGGGCGAGCAAUACGAAGAAUACGGCGAGACUCUUGGCCUCGGCGACGCGCUCACCGCACGACGCGGGCCUGCACAACACCCAGACGAGUCCCUCGAUCUCAACCUCUCCGCGCUCGAUCCGGAUCUCGCUGCCCUCCUCUCCCCGCACCGCUUCGCCCCCCGCCGGACUGGACCACAUCCAGCUGUACUCGCCGCCGCGAACGCAAUACCCCCGCCCGCAACUACACCUUCUCCUCCUCCGCGUCCUUCGCUUGAACGCACCUCCUCCAGCCCAUCCGCAGUUCCCCGGUACGGCGGCGGCAAGCUCUCGCCCUCGCCCUCCCCGCGCAGCCCGGCAUUCACCCGCGGCAGCCCAGGCCCGAGCUCCAACUCGAGCUCGCCUCUCACCGCGUCCUUCCUUCCCGAUCACGAGCACGACUCUGAGGACGACACCGCGCGCCGCGCCUCCGUCGACGGUCUGCCCCGGCGCAAGCUCUAUGCAGCGCUGUCCUCCGGCCGGCCGGCCGGCAUAGCAGGCAACACCAGCCGCCGCGCGAGCGAGGAGCAUGCUCGGCCGUCCCGCUACGCCACCCCCGCGCGCCCCGCCUCACGCCCCGCCCUCUCGCACCUCCAAAUGACGCCCGCAUCCGAAGAAAGCCACCAGCCCCCGCCCUCUUCCCGCCCUCCGUCCUCCGCCGCGCGCCUUCUUCACCGGCGCCCGCCGAGCACGGACCAACUCCCCACCCGCGCGUCAGCCACCCCGAGCCGGCAGGAUGUGCUAGACCGCCUCGGCCGACGCCGCGGCGCCAGCGUGAGCACGAGCAGCCCCUCCUCCGCCCCAGCGCCGUCCCCGCUCACGCGCCCGGGCUCGUCCGCGGGCCGCGUGCGCCCCGCGCUCGACCUUCUCGGCCCGCGCACCCUGCGUGCCUUCGCGUCCGCGGGGCUCAUGGAUCCCGCCUCCGACUCGUCCUCCCCGCGCAGCGUCAGCCAGCAGGGCCACUACGCCGCGCGCGGCGCGCCCUCGCGCCUCGCGCACUCCGAGCGUCCGUGGAGCCGCGCGGGCGCGUGGACACCCGACCGGGACGGCCACGGGCGGCGCCCGUCGAUGGAGACGAGCAGCCCGACGGUCUACUCGGGCGCGACGCCGCGCUCGGCGCCGUCCACGACGUACACCUCGGUCUCCGCCGCGUCCACGCACGCGCGCGAGCUCGCGGAUAAGCACCAGGCGGAGAUGGGCACGCUGCUCGCCGCGCUGGCCGACGCGCAGGCGAGCGGACGCGCGCUCCGGGAGGAGAACGACGCGCUGCGAAGGCGCGUGGAGGAGCUCGAGGACGCGCUCGGCGAGGCGCGCGCCGAGCUACGCGUGCAACGGCACCACCAACACCGUCAACAACAGCAACAGCAACCCCGCCACGCAGCGCCGCCUCCGCUCGACUUUGGAGCCAUGGGCCGUAGUCGAGUGUUCGAGCGCCCCUCCACGGCGUCCGGAUCGGUGUCCGGGGCGGGGUCGCGUCCGCCGUCAUCGCAGGCGAGGUCGCACUCUCGCGUACAGAACCUCUCCAGUUCGUCCGCCUACGGCAGCCACGGCUCGCUUGAUCCGCCCGCACGCUUCCCUGAAGAAGACACAGCGCGGCAGGGCAGGGCACAGCAUCAGCGUCGCAGCAGCACAGCCUCGUCGGUCUUCCCGCUCCCGCCGAGCAACAUGAGCCUGCUCAUGAGCGAAGACAACACGGCCGUCGCGCCGCUCGACCGGUCCGUCGCGUCCUUCGCGCCCUCCGCACCGCCGUCGCCAACGCUCGUGUACGCGGCAAGGCACAGCUCGGGCCCGCUCGCCGGCCGGAGGCGGGGUGGCCACGCGCCGAAGCAGGCGUCGGUCGCGUCGAUGGAAAGCAUCUCGCCCUCGACGGCGAACUACUCGGUCCUGACGGGCUCCCCUGGCAGCCUGAACCUUCAACCGGAACACGACCGCCACCUGCUCGAUCUGGACAUGCUCAGCCUCGACAUCGGCAGCGGGGCGGAAGACAGUGGGCGCGAGGGCUCUGGCCUUGGGGUGUGAACCCUUUGAUCCCCUCUCCAUGGCGAUCAACAUUCCUCCGGACUUCUCUUUCUUCGUAUCGCUUUGUUCUCGCGCAUGUGUCUGUACUAUGGGUUCGCUUUCAUUGUGGAAAUUAAGUAGGACAGUGGAUCUGGAUUUCGGGGACCACGUAGUCUCAUUUGUAGCAUACAUUACAGCUAUUA